AUGAGGAGGACCCCCAGCUCCCUGGACACCUUCAUGUGGGUCUACCACUUCCACAGCUCCACCGAGGUAAGGCUAUCCCCGCUUCUGUCUUCCCUGGAACUCUCCGUGGCCGCAGCCCAUGAGUAUCUGGAACAGAGGUUCAGAGUGCUCAAGUCCCUGGAGCCACGGGAGCCAAAGGUGCAGGAGAUCACUGACCCGAAGCCCACCCUGGGGCUGGUGUUAAGAGAAGCCGCGGCCAGCCUCGUCAGCUUCGGCACCACCUUGUUAGAGAUCUCAGCCCUAUGGCUGCAGCAGGAGGCGAGGAGACUAGAAGGGGGCGACAGCAGUGCGGGCCUAGCCCUAGACGUCGGGGAUCCGAGUGCAGCGCUGGCCCAAGUAGCCCAGGCCGCUGGGCAUGGGGCUCAGCAAGCUGGGGCUGCAGUGGGCGCCGGCACACGGCUCCUCGUCCAGGGAACAUGGCUAUGCCUAUGUGGACGGGGUCUGGAGGGGUCUGCCUCAUUCCUGCGACAGUGGCAACAGCAGCAGGGCCUCGGAAUCCCCAGAGAACUGAGAUACUCAGGAGACCUCCAGGUGAUGUCCAGCAGCAGUGCGGAGGACGGCGGACCAGAGAAUCCAUCCCACUCCCAGCCCCAUCCCGCAUCCAAAUAAAGCUCAGGACGGGGCGAGACAGAGCUUCUCUCAGGGUCUCAGGGUUUUGCCACGCCCCACCCAGCCGGCCCUGGGCCCCACCCUUCAAACUGGCCACACCCCUGCGAGGGCCACCACCCGGACGCGCUCAGCCCUCACCUGCCCAGCAGCGGCACGCUCAAAGAAGUCUCGGGGAUUUUCUGGGCAAUGAGGAACAAGAAGACGGUCUGGGCUAGCAGGACGUUGAUGGAAACCGUGCAUUUCUGGCCGCCGGCUGGAGGGAUCGCUGGUGAGAGCGGGCCCCGCCUCUGGGAGCUAGCCCGGAUUUGGGUGUGGGUUCGGGGCUACUGCUUACCCUGCGCAGGCAGGAAGUAGGCGAGCAGCACCAGGCCUGAGAUGAGCACGCAGGGCACGAUGAUGUUAAUGACGUAGAAGAGCGGCUUCCGUCGGAUGAUAAGCGAGUAGAUGACGUCAGUCUCCCCUGGGCCGUCGGUGGCACCAACGUCGUGGCGGCGGAUCACCCCCGGGCAGAAGUCGAUGGCCCACUCGCCGUUCUCUGUGGGACGGGGGUGCGGUUAGCCGGAGCGGGGCGCCCGCCAAGCCGACAGUGGGCCGAGGAGGCGGCUGCGGCUGUCUGCACCAGGGUCAUGGGCCAUCAGGAUGGGGGCAAUUCGGGCGGAAAGGGGCAUUGUCGGUGAGGGUAUAGAAAGUGAGAAGGCAGGACUGGAAUAACAGUGGAGAAUGAUUUCAGAGGCCGGGCCCGGUGUUUCACGCCUGUAAUCCCAGCACUUUGGGAAGCUGAGGUGGGUGGAUAACCUGAGGUCAGGAGUUCGAACCCCAUCUCUAUUAAAAAUACAAAAAUUAGCUGGGCAUGGUGGCAUGCAGCUAUAAUCUCAGCUAUUUAGGAGGCUGAGGUUGGGGAGUCGCUUGAACCUGGGAAGCAUAGGUUUCAGUGAGCUGAGAUCAUGCCGCUACAUUCCAGCCCGGGCGACAAGAGCGAAACUAGUCUUUAAAAAUAAAUAAAUAGGGCCGGGUGCGGUGGCUCACGCCUAUAAUCCCAGCACUUUGGGAAGCCGAGGCGGGUGGAUCACAAGGUCAAGAAAUCGAGACUAUCCUGGUCAACAAGGUGAAACCCCGUCUCUACUAAAAAUACAAAAAUUAGCUGGGCAUGGUGGUGCGCGCCUGUAGUCCCAGCUACUCAGGAGGCUGAGGCAGGAGAACUGCUUGAACCCAGGAGACAGAAGUUGCAGUGAGCCGAGAUCACGCCACUGCACUCCAGCCUGGGUAACAGUGAAACUCCGUCUCAAAAAUAAAUAAAUAAAAAUGAUUUCAGGACAGGGGCAAGCUAAACCCGGUUGCGGAAGCCAUCCUCCAGUGUUGUUGGUCAGGGCAACCCCACUCUGGAAGUCCCCUCUCUGGACCCUGUCUAGAAGCAGGUUUUUCUGAACAGGCCGGGGAUUCACCAGUAUAGGCCUCAGUGUCGAUGUCGAUCUUGUUGAUGGUCUCACCAUCGUCGUCUACGGCAAAGGUUAACUCCACCUCUUUGGCAUUGUACGUCUGGGAGCUAUGGAGCCAGGACCGGUCGCCCACCCCACAAGCUCUGACCUGGGCCCUGGCCCCAGGCCCAGCCUUGGAAGCUGGGAUCUUGCGGGGUCACGAGGCUUCACCCCUUCACCCAGGACCAGCCCGCAUACCCCUAUUCCCACCUGGACCUCGGGCCUCACUGGAGCAUCCCUCCCACUGCUGACUGGCUCCACCUCCAGCAUGAGGCCCCGCCCCAAGGGCGGUGCUUCCCAGCUGGCCCCGCCCCCAGGUCCCUCCCAUAUCGUCGGAGCCUUGGAGUAACUCUUCCCACCGGAAAAUGAGCGAGCAGUUCUGCCAGUCGAAGGGGAAGUAGGUGACCUCCACGGCGCAGACGCUGCGGUAGAUGGCCGGAGGCAACCACGUCACGGAGCCGCCCUCGUAGAUCAACACAUUGGCGUCGUAGGCCACGCCGAACUGGCCGUCAAUACUGUGGGCUCGGCGAAACCGAGCUUUUUGCACAGAUCCGCAUCCCCUCGGAGUAUCCCUUUCCCCAGCCAAGUCCAGCCCGCACCUCAGGCCGGCUUCCCUCCAGCCUGGCAUCCGGCCCGCUCCUCACUUGUUCUCCAGCACAAUCUCUGGCAGCCAUACGAGUUCUGAAGGGACUCUCAGGGUUUCUAUGCCCCCAAAGUCAUCCUUGCUGUAGUUGAGUCGGUAAUCCUGCCAAUCCUAAGGAGUGGGGUACGGAAGGACGUGUUCCCUGAAUCUCCCAGCUGGCGCUGCCUGGAGGAGAUCAGAAGAAAAGGGGUCCCCUGGACAAGACCUCACACUCCCCCCCCCUCCCCGGAUUUGACUCACGAUUCCAAUCCAGACACUGGUGGUGAGAGUCUCCUCUUUUUCAUUCUGCAGAUGGGAGAUGGGGAUGAUUGAAGUGAGAUUUCAGGGCCAGAUGUGAGCUUUAGGACAGCUCAGCGGCUGGGGCCAGAAGGGGAACCUUAGGCUUGAAGUGAGGGUGGGGAUAUCUUACCAGCGAGAUGAGAUUCGUCAGGGUGACCUUGAGGCUGAUGGUGACAGUAUCCUCAGGCCCCCGUGCUGGCCGGCUUCCUGGGUCAUAGUUGUCGAAGAGAUGGUGAUAAAGACGCAGUUCCUCAUUCUUCCCCACACCGCUGCCUGUGAUGGGGUCAAGAAGAAAAGGUCAUUGGCAAUGAAGAGGCUGGAGCACCUCUCCUCUCUGCCUCCUCUGGGUUCUCACAGGCUUCUGCAGCUGUGCAUUCUUGGUAUCUGUCUCCUAAACCAAUUAAUUAUACUGUGCCUGGGGACCAAAUAGUGUGUCUCAGUCUC